GUGAGAGCUAGUCUAGAGGAUCAACAGAAAGCGAUUCAACUGACUGAAACGCUUUAGUAUAUAGACAGUUUACAGAGACUAAGUAUAUUUAGACUUACACACAGUGUUUUAGGUUUAUAAAAUAAUCAAACAGAAUGUCAAAGACAUCUGUGUUUUUCACUGAGUGCAGUGAAGUCAAGAGAGAAGGUAUGGAUAGGCAGGAGAUGAUCAGUCUUACCUCAGACAUAAUGUAUGACACUGUUAGCAUCGAAGAGGUGACAACUGACAAAAAACCUGUCGAGACAACAACAAAAGGUUCAGGGAGCGUGAGCUCAGAUAAUCAAGGUGGCAUGAAGGUUUGUCCUACUGAGAGUGUGGAGAACAGCCCAACAGAAAAACCUGCAAAAGGGAGGAAGAUCGGUGCUGUCUUUCGGAGAGUAUGGAAGGCUGUUAAGCGUCCUUUCCAUUGCUGUGAUCAAAACAGUGUGGUGCGUCUUACACCACAGCUGAAGCAAGAUGAUUCAGAGCUAAUGCCUGCCCCAAGUCCCUUCAGAAUCACACCAACAGCUCCCACAGAUGCUCCUGAACCUGAGCUGGUGAAUCUGCCAGGCCAGGUCUGUGAAGAAGUUGAGUUGUGUGUGCCAGGUCCCUCCAGGACUGAGCAAACACUGGACACAGAUCUGUCUGAUCCUGAGUCGUCACCUGUGGCAGAUCCAUCCAGUUCUGAUCUGGGUAAUGAAAAACCUAAAAAACAGAGGAAGAGGAAAGCAGUCCAUGCGUUCUUCAGGAGAUUCCGUAAGGCUGUAAAGCACCUCUUCCCCUGCCGUGACUCAAAGAGAGUCGAGGAUUCUACACCACAGGUGGCUCUGGACGAUUCUGAGAUUAAGUUAGCAGAUGAAACCAUUUCUGUUGAGCCUGAGCCAGGGUGUCAGACCAGGUCUGACCAGGUUUGUGCAGCUCUCCAGCCCUCAUCUGUGCAAGAGGCCGACCAAGAUCCAGCCACUCCAGCGGUGUCAUGUGUGUCAGAUUCAUCGGAUUUGGAGAUCAGUAUGGAUUCUGGAUCUAGAGUGUCUUUCUUCGUAGUGGGAGAGCUUCUAGGGCGUGGAAGUUUUGGCUUGGUGUAUGAGGGAUCCCACAUAUUUAGUGACAGAAUUAAGGUUGCAAUGAAAUACAUCCACAAGCACCAAGCUGAUCGUUAUCUUGACGCUCCUGGUCAUUCCAAACCUGUGCUUGCAGAAGUGGCAAUGUUGCUUCGGUUGGGACAACCUCCCUUAUGCCCCAACGUCAUCAAAUUGCAUGAUUGGAUUGAGAAUAAGAAGAGCUUUGUGCUCAUAAUGGAGUACCCGGAGCCAUGCCAUACCUUGCAUCAACACAUCAUCUAUUCAGACGACACGAAUGAAAAAAAAGCACGCUGGAUAAUCUGUCAGUUAAUCCAAGCGGUGAAACAUUGUAUUGACCGUGGAGUCUUCCAUGGUGAUAUCCACUCGGGGAACAUCCUGGUGACUGACCCCAGUUUAAAGCUCAAACUAAUUGACUUUGGUUGUGCUCAUCCAUUGAGCAGUGAGGGCAAUCUUAGCAGUGAAUAUCGAGGAGCACCAUUCUGCACCCCACCUGAGGUCUUAAUGCAUACCACAUUCCACGCUAACCCAGCAUAUGUCUGGGCAGUAGGUGUUGUGCUCUUUGAAAUCUUGCAUGGAUAUUUGCCCUUUGAAAGCCAAGACGAAAUACUGCGUGGCUACGUUCAAACGAAACUGACUUUAUCCUCAGCAUGCCGUGACCUGAUUUUCCAGUGUUUGAUCCGCAAUCCAUCUAACAGACUGACACUAGAGCAUCUAGAAGAGCACAGGUGGUUUAAUAACUAGACAGUGGACCCCGUGCUUCAACCAGACAAGAGAAGUUAAUCUAACACACAGAAAACGCCUGAAAUAGGGAGAAAGGGGAAAGAAGUCUGUGCUCUCUUUUGGAAACUGUGGAAGGCUCCAAAGCUGUGACCUGAACAGAGUGGUGCGUCUGACACCGCAGCUGGACCAAGAUGAUUCAGAGCUAAUGCCUGCCCCAAGUCCCCACAGAAUCCCACCAAUGGCUGACACAGAUGCUGCUGACCCUGAGUGGGUGCGUCUGCCAGGCCAGGUCUGUGAAGAUGUUGAGUUGUUGUGUGUGCCAGGUCUCUCCAGGACUGAGCAAAUGACAAAUGUAGAUCUGACUGAUCCUAAAUCCCCACCUGUGAUCGAUUCAGACCAAUUCGGAUUUGGGUGAUGAAAGGGUUAAAAAAGGGAAGAAGAGCGAAGCAAUUGACGCAGUCUACACGAUUCUUAUCCAGUGCCAGUCCAAGUUCUAUCUGAGAUGAAGAUCAGAUGCUGUUCUUGUUGAGUCUGAGUCAGGGUUUCUGAUCAGUUCGACACAUCGAUUCAUCAGAUUCAUUCAAAUAUACUUAACAUGUACAUCUAACAUGUUAUAUGCUUUGUUUAAAAAAUAAAUAAAUAAAAACACAAUAUUUUUCACAUAAUUGACCUUUAUUCAACACCACUCUGUCCCUUCUCCUAUUUAAGCGCUGAUGAUUUCCUAGUUUUUGGCUAAAUGCAUAUUAUUAGUAACUGAUUUUAAAUGUGUCUUUUCUUCCCCCGUCUUUCUCCGUUGUUUUUCUGUAAUUCUCGUAUUUUGUUACUCUUUGUGUUUUCCAUGAAGAUGCUGACUUGGCAUUAAAAUAUGUAUUCUGUCAUUAAGAUC